AUGACCGUUAGGCUUCCUCACAGCCCACACAUCUGCUUUUCAUCCCGCGCGCGGGAAGCUCGCACCGCCCUCCGGCAACUCCUCCAUUGGCUGCUCCGCCUUCACCCCACCAAUGCCCGAGCUGGGGGUGCAGUUUCUGGGCAGGCGGGAGAUGUGGGUUCCGCUGCGCUUGCGCGUGAGUGGAGGUUGGAGAGGCGCGGCGGGGGGUUUUCGGUUGUGCCGCGCCGAGCUGCGGGGCCGAGCUUUCGGAAGGCAAUGGCUGACCCCUCUAACGCGGCGCUCAGGAGCGGGCUGAACAACAGGUAUCGCGUGCUGGAGGUCCGCGUGGUGCGGGGAGAGGGACGUGACCCUGAGAAGCACCUGGCGGUCAGCUCUGACCCGUCGCUGGGAGAUACGGAGCUGUGCGUCCUUCAGAACGGCUGGGAGUCUGUUCCAGUUGUUCCAGGAGACAUCGUUCAUUUAGAAGGGGACUGUAGCUCUGGUACCUGGGUAAUAAAUGAGCAGUCAGGAUAUCUCAUUCUUUACCCAGAUCUGCUGCUCUCUGGCACUACGAUAUCAAGUAGCAUUCGAUGUAUGAGAAAAGCGGUGCUGAGUGAAAGGUUUAGGGGCUCUGAGUGUGGUUCACGGCAAACACUCGUUGGUACAAUCCUUCAUGAAAUUUUCCAGCAAUCCGUAACAAAUAACCUGUCACCUGAAAAAGUGGAGGAACUAGCAAAGAAAAUUGUUUAUGGGCAAAAGUAUCUCAAAGAAAUGUAUCACUUAAAGCUGAAACAAACAGAGAUAAUGCAGGAGAUAGAGGAAUAUUUGCCUUCAUUUUUUAAGUGGACAGAAGACUUUGUGCGUAAUCCAGCUAACCAAAAUAAAAUGCAACUAAAACUGCCAAGUGAAAACAAAACAGGAGAUUGCUCUUCCACGGUAGAAAUUGUAGAUAUCUUGGACAUUGAAGAGAACAUUUGGUCUCCCAGGUUUGGAUUGAAGGGAAAGAUUGAUGUUACAGCCAGGGUGAAAAUCCAUCGCCAGGGUGGCAUACAGUCCAGGAUAAUGCCAUUAGAGCUCAAGUCUGGCAAGGAAUCGAACUCUGUAGAGCACAGGAGUCAGGUUAUCCUGUAUACAUUGUUAAAUUUAGAACGGAGAGUGGACCCGGAAGCUGGAUUUCUUCUUUAUCUUAAAACUGGUACUAUGUAUCCUGUUACUGGAACUCGCAUGGAUAGAAGAGAAUUAAUAAAGCUAAGAAACCAGGUGGCCUUCUACUUAAUGCACAGUACGUAUAAAUCUGCUGUGGGAAGACAGCAGUCACAGCUUGCUGCUUUGCCUCCUCUAAUUGAUGACAGUCAAGCCUGUAAAUACUGUUCCCAAAUACACAAUUGCUUUCUAUAUAGCAGAGCUGUAGAAGAAAGGAUGGCCAGUGUGUCUUUUCCUCCUGCUUUGAUACCCAUUAUUGAAAAAGAGACACAGCACCUGAAACCUUCCCAUUUAGAGUAUUUCAGUCUGUGGUAUCUGAUGUUAACCUUGGAGAUGCAGAGUGGAGACAGUAAAAAGGGGUAUAAAAAUAUAUGGAUGAUACCUUCUUUAGAAAGAGAGAAGGCUGGAGAUUGUGUUGGAAACAUGAUCAGAGUUGAUCAAGUUCAGGAAGUUUCUGAAGGACAAUAUCUGCAUUCUUUCCAACCUAAAAAUGGUGCUGUACCUGGAGCAAACCUGCUGGUUGGUGAUAGAGUUGUUGUGAGUGGAGAAGAAAAUGGUUUACUUGGUUUGGCUACUGGCUACGUGAGAGAAAUCAGUGCAACAAAAAUCUCCUGUUUGUUGGGCAGGAAUUUAUCAAAGCUCCCCGAGAGUACCACGUUUAGGUUGGAUCAUGAAGAAGGAGAUUGUAGUAUAGGAGUUCCCUUUGAAAACCUCUCGAAGUUGAUGAAAGAUUCCCCAGUCAGUGAAAAGCUCCGCAACUUGAUAAUUGACUUCCACAAACCUCGUUUUAUUCAGCAUUUGAGCUCUGUCCUUCCUCCAGAAGCAAAGGAAGCUGUUGCGAGUAUUUUAAAGGGUCUGAAUAAGCCUCAGAAACAGGCAAUGAAACAAGUGUUACUUUCAAGAGACUACACGCUUAUUGUGGGUAUGCCUGGAACAGGAAAAACAACUACAAUAUGCGCUCUGGUGAGAAUUCUCUCUGCUUGUGGCUUCAGUGUUCUUCUGACUAGUUUUACACACACUGCUGUGGACAAUAUCCUGCUGAAGCUCGCCAAAUUCAAAGUAGGCUUCUUGCGUUUGGGAAGAGCUCAGAAGGUUCAUCCAGAUAUACGGAAAUUUACAGAAGAAGAAAUUUGCAGGUCCAAAUCAAUUAAAUCUGUAACGGAUUUGGAAGAGCUCUACAACAGUCAGCCAGUGGUAGCAACAGCCUGCAUGGGCAUAAAUCACCCCAUCUUUGUACAGAAGCAGUUUGAUUUCUGUAUAGUUGAUGAAGCUUCCCAGAUAAGCCAACCCAUCUGUCUGGGCCCGCUGUUCUGCUCCAAACGAUUUGUGCUGGUAGGGGACCAUCAGCAGCUGCCUCCGCUUGUACAGAAUUCAGAAGCAAGAGAUCUUGGUAUGAGUGAAAGUUUAUUUAAAAGGCUGGAGCAAAACCAAAAUGCUGUUGUUCAGUUGACUGUGCAAUACAGAAUGAACAGUAAAAUUAUGUCACUGAGUAACAAGCUAGUGUAUGAAGGCAAACUGGAAUGUGGUUCAGAGAAGGUGUCAAAUGCCACUGCUAAUUUGCCAAAUCUAAAAAUGCUGAAACUGGAGUUUGCAGAUGCUUCGAAAACGUGGUUGAAAGAAGUACUUGAGCCAGACAAACCUGUAUGUUUUCUGAACACUGAGAAGGUCCCAGCACCAGAACACACAGAGAAAGGUGGUGUAUGUAAUGUGACGGAAGCCAAACUAGUGUUCUUCCUCACGACUUUAUUCAUUAAGGCUGGCUGUAGGCCUUCGGACAUUGGUAUUAUAUCGCCAUACAGACAUCAGUUAAAAGUAAUCACUGAUUUGAUGGCAAGACUGAAGGAGAACAGAGUGGAAGUCAACACUAUUGACAAGUACCAAGGAAGAGACAAAAGUAUCAUAAUUGUGUCUUUUGUUAGGAACAGCAACGAUGAAAAUCUUGGCGCCCUCCUGAAGGAUUGGAGGCGACUUAAUGUUGCUAUCACAAGAGCCAAGCACAAACUCAUCAUGGUGGGCUGCGUUCCGUCACUCCGCCGCUAUCCUCCUUUGGAGAAGCUGCUCUGCCAUCUGCAGUCCGAGGCAAUGAUCUUCAAUCUUCCUGCAGGGGCUCAUGAAAGUAUCCACAAAUGUAACAUUUUAUGAUGGCGAAGACUGAGUGUUUUAGAAGACAUUUCUUGUCUAUUUUCUUCUGGUGCUGCUGAACGUAAAUUAUUGCUUAGUGGCAUGUGAGUGCUGACAUGCACCGUUCAAUCUGAAUGAAGCCACAACUGAAAUUGCUUUCACUGAUUUUAAAUGUUUACACGUUUCUUUAAUAAACGGAUUGGUUCUAAAGGGACCAGCUCAACAGCGUCUGUGUAACAAA